AUGCCAUCGGCUGUUUGUUUGGCUGAUAGUAUCAAAGAAUUAAUUGAUUCAAGAUUUGCCAAUGUCAUUGAGGAAGCACUUACUGCAAACGCUCCCCUACUGGAUGAAGAUCAUGAGUUCUUUGUCGAACUUGUUUUGAUUGCAGCAAAGGAAAUCGAUCAAAAUGCUGCACUACUUUACACAAUGGCUAAAACUUAUUACGACAUUUCAAAUAUGCACAUGAUGCAUCAUAUUGCCGGCAUCGGUCAUUUGCUAGCUCUUGAUGAUACAGAUGAACGUCGGCAAGCACUUAAUAGUUUAAAAAACGAUACAUUAGUUACGUCAACAAAAGUAACUAAUAUGGUUCAAGAAAGACAAUUGGCUUAUAAACUUAGUUUACACGAUCGACAGGCUCAACUUUAA